UAGUCCUUUUUCAAUUUUUGCCAUGGCAUCCGAGCAGCUUCAUCGUUCGGGCAGCCGCCGGUUUCGACGGCCUGUUUGGACCGCUCCACCUACUUCAUUGAAAUCCCUGCAUGAUCCGUUGCUCAGGGGUGAGGCACUUCUUUCGCCCACUGUGCUGACAUCAACAGCGCACUUGCCAGGUUUGAAGAGCCAACCUCUUGCUCGAAUUGCGUCAGCACCAGCUUUCCCAGCAGCCGACCGGAAGCUCUGUUUGGAGCCUUUGAAUCAUCGACCUAGCACAAGUGGCAGCAGCGGUUUCUCAGACGAUAGAGAAGGCUCUGCUUUGGGAUCACGUUCCCAGAAGAGAGUGUCACAAAGCGUGGUGGACUUUGAACGAUCUCUGUCAAAGGACUUUCAAGGGCAUGUCGAUGCCGAGUCCUCACUGGAGCAGGCUUCCCAAACGCUUUCAGACCUGCCGCCACUUGAUCAGGGCUUGUCAUACCCUGCUCGGAAAGAGAACUUCAAGCGUGAACAGUUUUUUCUGAAGUUCGAGUCUGCACAAAGCGGGCGCGCUGGAAGUGCGGGCAAUGCCUCUACUGGGAACGAUGGGACUGAAUUCUUAGAGGCCGAGGAGCUUCAGGACGAGGAAACCUUUGUCAAGGAUUUGAGCGACCUUGAUCAUCACAUCCAGGACCUGGCGAAGAGCAUUCUUUUUCAGCAUCUUGAGCGUGCCAGCAUCGAAGAGCGAGCCGCAGCCAAGGCUGAGGAGGCACGCCGCAGGCGCGAGGCGGAGCUUCGACGCGCCCGGAAGAAAGAGCAGAUGGCCAGGGAUCCAAAGAGGAAGGUGGCCUUGAAGAUCGAGAACAAGAGGCGGUUCUCGACCGAGGAGGAGGACAGCGGUGGACAAAAGAAGCACCACUCAAUCCCUUUGAGAUACUAUGAGGUCUACGGGGAGAAGGGCUCUGAAAAAAUCAAUAUCGUCGACAUUCUGAAGAUCCAGAGCCAGUGCGAAAUGCUCAACGAAAGUGGCGGUGUGGAUCAAAUGUUGGACUCUCGCCACCGUUCUGAGAAGCUUCAGAGGGCACUGACCUUCACUGGAAAGGAGAAGAGCUCUGAGGCCUUAGAUGCUUCUUUGUUCCAGUCUGAAAUCCCUGCAGAUCUCAGCAGGGAGGAGCGCGCAAUCCAACUACGCAAGGAUAAAUAUCUCAACCACCUCAUUGACAAGAUGAGCAGGCUGAGGAGUGAGUGGAAAUACAUGCUUCCCUUUGACCUGGAUCUGGCCAGCUCGGGUUUCACGGAUGCUACUGGCGAGAGGAUUUCUGUGUCUGACUUAUGCGCCAAGAAUCCAAAGGCCGCGCAGAAGUUCCUCAAGGAGAUCUCCAGCCUCAUUGGCCAAAGAAUACAGGCCUAUGGCGGCCGGCAGCGUGGCAUUGUCGGUGGGCACAACAUCUUGGAUGCCUUGGGUGGCUCCAAGGAUCCAACGUCAUCCGACCACAUCGAAAGCCCUUUGGAAAGACAAUUGUCCAAGAGGAAGACACUUCAGGCGAUCAUGGAGCGAAGUGCCACUUUGAAAGCCAGAAAUCGAAGGAGAUGGUCAGUUGUCAAGGCCGUUGUGCAGUGGCUAGUGCUCCACUUCCGUCAGAAGCGCCUUCACACGUCCGCAGACAUUUGCAUCUUGGUCAUCAGACAGCUCGGUGAGUGGUCACGGAUCAGGAGAGCAAUGAAAGGCUUUGUAGACAAUGUCACGCUCCUGCAGCGCUGGUGCAAAAGAUUCCUGACGGUGAAAAGGCGUCGCUGCUCUCAACUGGAGAAGGAUUGGGACAGGUACGAAGAUCACCAUCUCCAACACUUCUUCAGGAAAAAUGCGCAAGCAAUCAUCCAGGAGCAAAAAGACUUGGCUGCCGAAACGGCAUCUACCAAAAAACAGCCCUACAAAGGCCUGGUCUCCGGAAAGAACAAGCGCGACAAGCAGGCAUUGAUCAGCCAGCUAGAGCAAGGUGUUGCUGGAGGUGAUAUCUCAAUAGACUUUCGGAUCUACAAGAUCCCAGCGCCAGAAAGGCGAGCGGUCAUCAAUAGAUGGUACAUGGUGACGUUGAGGAACCAUGUGCGAUCUGAACAAACCAUGGCAAUGACGAUCAGAGAGAUGCUUGCAGCGGAGAGGGAGCUGGAGCGCUUCGUGAAGACGUUCGGCACGCACACUAUCCAGGCUCCACCGAAGCCAACCGAAGAGGAGGUGGCCGAAAUCAAAAAACUCAAGACCAAAGCUAGCGAUGACUUCAACAGCUUACGUCUUGGCGCAAAGCUGAAAAACGAUUGGUACCGGCUGUCCGAGGAGUUCGUGAUUCGGUGUGUUGCUGUGGCAGCGCAGGCAAUGGAGAAUGUGCGCCCUUUCAAUGACCACCCUGCCAAUAGAGGCUUGACCAGCAGGCCCAUGACUGUCCCGUAUGAUGAGUCGCAGGCCGACAGGCGACCUUUUGCAACAGCAGUCGUGAGAGCCUCGGCAAGGCCCGUGGAUCUGGGCCGCUUAGGCAACAAAACCCUGAAAGCUCGUGCCUCGAAGGCAUGCCGCUUGGAUGAAGAAGCAAUCACCACCCGUGCCACUGGGGCUCGAGGAAGCAUUGAUGCCCGGGCCAAGACUUCACCCGAGUCCGGACUUCUGCAGCUAGGUUCGCAUGGUCAAGACAUUGAGGACUUGCUGAAGGCUUUGACGCCAAGACUGCGCCAAAUCAGUGAAGCACAGAACUUGGAAUAUAGGCUCAGCAAGGGAAAGGAGGACAAGGAGGAGAAGAAUGAAGCCGAAGCAUGAAGGAUGUUCCUUUUCGAGCUUUGUUAAGUUCCAGUGUGGUGGUAUAGAUGCUAAUUUGUCAGAACCCUUGCCUUCUGAUGUUGAUUGAAUCCCCAGAGUCAGAGUCAGAAAGGAUACGUUGACAUUGACAAGAUGAUUCCCAAUACGGUGUGAUCCACACCGAAGUUGAGCCCAUGCCCCAAAGGGGCGGGCUGCAGGGCUGAACCAGGGCCGAAUCUAAUGAGGCGUUGAUGGCAAUCUGAGAAACAGAGCGAAAGAGUCUAUUUUGGCGGUGCAGCCAGUGGCAACUGUUAAGACUGCAAUUUCAUGAUUGGCGCAGGCGUGUGACAGCGGCCAAGGCAAGUGAAGCAAAGAUGAAGCAGG